AUGCCAGUCAAACGUUCCAUUGACGAUUACUCUGAGGGCGAAGACACGACAUACGACACCAAAAGGGCACGCCGGCAGUCCGCCCGAACGCGGAGAAAAUCUGGCAUUUCGUGUGAUUCCUCAUUUCCAUCACCCACGUCCUCAGACACCACUCCCGGCUUUCAGACUCGUUCGGAUUGCUCCGCUGCUCGACAGUCACUCAGAGAGGACUCAGAGGAGUCAUCUGACUCGGAGAUAAUCUUCGUGGAGGCUCCCGUCCUCGUGAAAAAAGGCAAAACCGUGGAAAAGCACUUCUCAGACUCCAUUACUAUAUCUGGCAAGACGCUUCAUCCUACAGUCGCGUUUGAUACGUUCUGGAGGUUUGCAGCGGAAAGGAAGGCCAUCGAUGAUAGACGUCGUGCUGGGCUUCCCGCUCCCUGGACAAAAGACAUAAUUAUGCAAAAGUAUUUCUUUUGCAACACAUUUCGCGUCUUGGAUAAAGGCUGUCAAUUCCUUAUCAAGGAAGUCAUCGAAAAAGGUUCCCAGGAUCCCGAAGAGGUCGUCUUUCGCGUCAUACUGUUCAACACUUUCACGAAGAUAGAGACCUGGGAGCUCUUGGAUCGUGAGCUUGGCCCUCUCAAAUGGUCAACCUACAACAGAGCGGAAUAUCGUAAAGUCCUCUCUCGCGCAGUCGCCUGUGGCAUGACGUUGUACACCGGCGCCUACAUCAAGCCCGCUCCCCAUUUCGGGGAAAGCACGAACUAUGCCAAUCACUUAUGUUUUCUUGAAACUUUGAUGGAUAGCAAGCUGGCGUCAAGGCUGCUCGUCGCACCUUAUAUGGCCGACGUGUACGAGUACAUAUACUCGUUUCCAAGCAUGGGUCCUUUUUCGACCUAUCAACUCAUGCUUUGCCUUUCCUACACCAAUGUCUUGAAUUUCAACAGUAACGAUUUUGUUAUUUCGGGUCCUGGUUCUAUUUCUGGGCUCAAAAAGAUUUUCGGCAAGAGCAUGGAUGGCCACCGUGACGAUCUUGUCUUUCAUCAAGACGUGAUGAGGUAUUUCGUCGAAUCGCAAGAUUUCCAUUUCAGGCGGCUCGGGCUGGAGUUCUCCGGCUUGGGGCCGAAGCGGCUGCCCAUGGAUCUCGCCGAUAUUGAGCACACAUUGUGCGAAGUGGAUAAAUACUGCCGUGCAGCCCAUCCUCAACUAAAAGGAAAGCGCACGAACAUGCAUCGCCUCCACCAGCCGUCGUCCCCACCGAAGCGUCACCCAGCUGUGCUACCGAAGGCAUGGACGCAUCCAGCUCGUCGCACUCCCCGCAUUCGACCUCAGAAAGUGCUCGUGCUCGAGAAGAGGUACGAAAUCGAGCGCAUAGCGGACGAUGAGCUGGUUGGUGGCGUUCGUAAGUUCCUGGUGUACUGGAAGGGAUACCCAGCCAGCGAUGCGACUUGGGAGUUUGAGAGCUCCCUCGUGCAUGAUGCUCCAGGCGCGGUGAAGGACUACCUCUCCAAGCCAAACAAGCGUUAG